CACCAUGUGUUACAACUAUUAUGGAAACUCUUACAGGGGCUGUGGAUAUGGCUCUGGCUGUGGCUGUGGAUAUGGCUCUGGUUGUGGCUAUGGAUAUGGCUCUGGCUGUGGAUAUGGUUCCAGAUAUGGCUGUGGCUAUGGCUGUGGAUAUGGUUGUGGAUAUGGCUCUGGCUGUGGCUGUGGCUAUGGCUGUGGAUAUGGUUGUGGAUAUGGCUCUGGCUGUGGCUGUGGCUAUGGCUGUGGAUAUGGUUGUGGAUAUGGCUCUGGCUGUGGCUGUGGCUAUGGCUGUGGAUAUGGUUGUGGAUAUGGCUCUGGCUGUGGCUGUGGCUAUGGUUCCAGAUAUGGCUGUGGCUAUGGAAGUGGCUGCUGUACCUGCUGACCAUUUUGCUACAGAAAAUGCUGUUUUUCUUGCUGCUAGAACAUCGUCCUAGAAUAUCUAGAAUAUUGUAUGCCUCUGAAGAAUAUUUCAAGAUUAACAUUUUUCCCUAAAAGAUGCUUCAUUUUAUUAUCUCUACAUGCAAGUAAGAAUUGGAUACCACCUGUGUUUACUUCAGAGAACCUGUUAUUGAGGAAUUAUGAAUGUUUCCAUAAUGUUACAUGAAGACAGAAGAUUUGAUUCUGGUUAUGUUCAAAAUGUAAAUUCUUGGUUAUCCUAUUCUAUGGUUUUGUAUUGUCCAUGAGCAUAAAAACUCCAUAUGUGGGAUAAAAGUAUAUUUUUUCAAUACAGAAAUUUCACUUGUUCCUGAAAGUUAUUGAAUACUUUGGGCCAGAUUCAUCACCGACGUUAGUAUUUGUGGCUUCCCUGGAAGGUUGGGCAACCACUGUGUGAGCUGAACCUUCUGCUUGAUUUUGCUGUUAACAUAAAAUUGCUCUAAAAUGUAAAGUCCAGGGGUGUCUGGCUGGCUCAGUUGGUAGGCAUGUGACUCUUGACCUUGAGGUGGUGAGUUCCAGCCCCACGCUGGGCGUGGAGCCACCUUAGAAAAAUAUAAAAUAAAAUGUGAAGUCCAGUUAAAAAAAUAAUAUGGUGCUGUUUCAGAUAGGAAGAUCAGGUUAAAAGUCUGAAGAAGUGACAAGUAGGCUGAUAUUUGGCAAAUGGAUAGAUGCUAGAAUAAGGGGAAGAAUGUUGGAGGCAGGAGGGAGAACAGGCGCAAAGCUCUCAGCAGAUGGGAGGUUAGUAUGCUUAGGGACUGUAAGGUCUGGGGACAGGAGAGCAGAAACCAUCUAGACUGGAGAGGUGAGCAGAGGCCAGGUCACGCAAAGCCUUGUGUUAUAAGGUGUUAAGAUUUGCUUGGAUUUUGUUUUAAGAUACUUAUUGGUUUAUCCAGCCAUUUGUUCUUGUCUUUGCAACGUCUUUCCUUUCUGUCUUUUUUCCAUCUUUCAUAUCAAUACUAAACACAAAUUCACACCAUUUCCAUGUUUGCGCGUGUGUGGAUUGGACUAUGGAAGAAUGGAAGAAAGGUAUCUUGUUUGGAGCAUGUUGGAAUAAUUGAAGGGGGUAUAGUCUCUGGUCUGGACUUGGAAAUUUGUAAGGGCAGCUUGGAGACGGGGGGAAGGGAGGAAGAGGCUAUGAGAGGGGGUACUUACAAGUGUGGACCUCAUAGCACUUUGUGUUGACACCACCAUUUUCUUCCCAUAUUUUAAAAUAUUUGUUACAUGGAAGAGAGAUUAAUAUUGGUUUCCUGGCUCCAGGAACCAGAAUUAGAUGAACAUGUAUGGAAUUAAAAGGAGGCUAACAUCUUAAUAUGUGACAGUUUUAAAACAUAACAGGCAAAAAUGGAUUUUG